CGGAAUGAAUACUUUUAGUACAGAAUAUGUACACGAGAAGCGGUAGCUGUUAAGACAGGUCUAAAACAAGUGCCGGUAUCGCUCCGACUUACGAAAAACGUGCACAAAAAUAAAUUUGAAGUGAAAAAUGAUUAUAAGGUGGUUUUUGCACACAUAGUUUAUUUUGAAAUACGGUAAUAUGACUCAAGCAUUAUUAGGGAGCAGGAAACGAGUUCGCAGCAGUAACUGCGAAGAAGAAUGCUGCGAUUUCAUGCCACUUUCUAAGAGAAUCAAUAAUUUACAUAUCAAUAAUGGAAAUUGCUGCAGCAGUCUUGGUUAUCAACAUCUUAAACAUUCAGUCACAAAACAGGAUGACAUUUUUGAACCAAGCUCUGAUAACUGGGGAUGCAUGGAUGCAGCAGGAGAAUGCCUAGAAUUACUCUGCCAUCAGAGUUACAGGAAUGGAAAUGGCUGUCAUGUUGCAGUACAGUCUACUUGCAGUGAUAACAGUGAAAUUUCUCACCGACCUCAGCAGUCUGCAGAAGCUAGUGGCAGCAGCCCAGGUUUGCACCCCAGUGGUUGGGUGACAAACCAUAUCUUAUCUCAAUAUAAUCCAGCCCUCAGUGCAUCAGACAACCCAUAUUACUAUGAAAGUAACAAGUUAUUGUUUGCUUUGUACAUGGAGCGGUUACAUCGUAAUGGUGACACUCUCUAUUGAUCAUGUUUGUUCCACUUGUUCAAGUGGCUCUCUUAUUAAUUAGUGGUUUUAGAUAUCAUUGCAUAAAUCAGCAGAUGUGUGCUAUGUAGUAAUUUUAAGGGAAAUUAAUGGAUUUAUUCAUAUUUGUUGCUAAAUAAAGAUUUGCUUGUACAACAGUAGAAAACUUGGUUAUUAUGCAUUCUUUGCAAGAUGUGAAUAACAUGAAUACACAUAUGGUUGAUGAUGUCUAUUCAUCUGUUUGUCCAUAUACUUAAACUCAUGAACCACUGGAUGGAUUAUGAUUAAAUUUUAUGUGAACGUUGUGUCAACAUUGGCCAUAUCCACCUCUUACUUUCUAUUUUCCAAAAGUCAGCAAUGACAGGGCAGACACUUGAACUUGUGAGGUGUGAGUAACACUAAUCCCACCUAAUAUAUGGGUCCUGAAAUUAUGGAUUGUAACAUCUUAAAAUAUAUGCAACUGAUUUAUAAUAUGGUAAAAACAUGAAAUCUGAAUAUUGCGUUUGGUUUGAUAAAAAAGUGACUAAUGAACUUUGUGGCUCUGUGAAAUUUGGACAGAAAUAAUACAGUAGACCAUAAACAUACCCACAAAUUCUGUAUGAGAUAUAUUAACAUCAUGGUAACUCUAUGAAUCUUUGACAUUAUAUCCAACACUUGUAACAUAGGCAAAGUCUGCACUAAAAUAAGUUCUCAAGAAGGAAACAAAUAAUAGUAAUAAGAAGAACAUUCUGUAACUCAUUUAGAACUGCAUGCAAUAAAAUAUUCUGACUUGAUUGGGAAUUGAUCUUAUGACUAUAUGCACAUGAAGCUAGUAUACUAGCCCAUUAAUUAAAUUGCAUUCUGCUAUUUGUAUUACCUCAAUAUGAUCUUCACAAAACAGAAUUUAUAAAGCUUCAAUUGAAAGUUAUUUGUUUAAUUAAGAUAAUAAAAUCUUUGUUUCAUUGUUAUUUUAUCUAAAAUUAAUAAUCUAAACAUGAAUUGAAUAGAAAAACUAUAAUUUAGCAAGUUUGUAAAUUUAAUCACAAACAGUUCCAGUCUCUUUUCUGUGUGUGUGUGUGCGCGCUCCAGAAUGCACUUUUCCAUUAUUGUUAUAUCAUGCCAAGCUGAAAUAUUUUAAUGCCCAUGCACAAAGGAUCUUAUUACCAAUUGAACUGAUUGCUUUAAUUAAAUACUUUGCUGUACAUUUUUUAAAUUACAUGGCAUUUCAUGAGAUGAUUAAUACAUGGGGUGAUAUUUAUUAUAUUCUAGAAAGCAUGUUUGUUAUUUAUUUUAAUGUUACAUGUGUAGCAAGAAUAAGAUUAAAAAUUGUAUUAAUGACACAAAUUAGUCAAUAAAAAUAUACAACUGAAGAUAACUGAAAUGUAUUCAUCCAAAUUACAUUACUAUAAACUGACUUUGAAUAA